AUGGGAAAACAGAAGGCACUUAUGGACAAGCUCGCAAGGACCUUUCAGAUCCGUCACAUGCUGCUACGCCAGGCUCUGGCAGAGUGCCUGGGAACCCUCAUACUGGUGGUGAGUGGGGACUGUUCUUCAUUACUACAAUAGUAUUACCUAUGUAUGUAAAACCCUGUUAAAGUGAGUGGGUGAAUGUGAAUUGGAAACACAGUACCUUACUAUCAUUAUCUAUCCAACAAGUAGGAGUUGAUUGACAGCUUGUGGGUAUGAAAAUAAUGUCUUCAAAAAUAUGGAUGAAGCAUGUAAUUAAGCAAAGCGAUUGUUAAUUAAGUAUCUAAUAUCCUCUAACGACUUAAUUGCUUGUUUUCUAAUUAAUUUCACAUUAAUUUCACUUUUGUGAAAUUUCAUCUUAAUGUAAAUGUGCUGUUUAAAGCAAUGCUUUGAGCUUGUGAAUGUAAAAGGAUAGCUCUUCCCACAUUGUUCGCAGUGGCAAUACAAGCAGAACUGACACUGUGAAUUAUAUUAUCAGCUUAUCAAUAUUAUUUUAUUAUCACAUUUUAAUUAACCUCUCAAGUCUUCUACAUGAAAAACAUACACUAAAAAUAAACAUCCUUUACUUUAAAUUGAUACAUUUAACAAACUUUAAAUUGUUUUCCGUAUAGCAAGGUAAUUUAUUCUGAGGGAAAGAGAGAUUAUCACAUAAUUAUUCAUGCUUCCUUUUAGAUAUUACAUUCCAUAUUUACAAUAAUUAACUUCAUCUUUCUGUAAAAUAUACAAAUUCAUUAAACUGUUAAACGAUCUAUAAUUCAUUAAUGACCAUAUUCUCCUGAAUACCUGCUUUAGGAAAAACUCAAAACCUAGCCUUGCCCUCUAAGGUGAAAAAGUAUUGUCAUGGAACCAACUCGUCCACGUAGGUAAGGCCCUGGCAUCCCCGUUGGUAUUCCGCUAAAUCCAAAUAAAACAGCUACCUGGGGUCAGCUGUUUCCAAUGUUAACCCUCACACAGAACAAUAACAGUAGCUGGAGAGAAGAUACAAACUGAGAGGGGGUGGUUUUGCCAUCUGGUAUUUUCCUAGCCUGCAGCGUGAGAGGUCUAACUGAUGUCUGAUCCACUGUUUGGCCACACUACUGAGUGAAGCCUUAUGCCUCCCUGGCAAACAGAACUCCCCAGGCCCUGACUGCCUGAAGGCAGGUCUUCUCUGCUCUAAAGAAGGCUCCACAAGUAGAUUAUAUAGAUAGGAUCGUCAAUAGGCACCCACCCACCACAGCACACCGUUGAUCAAAUGCAUAUAGAAAGAUGAUAUCUUCCCAAGGAAACUCGGCAUACAUUCAGAAAGUAUUCAGAUCCCUUGACUUUUUCCACAUUUUGUUACGUCACAAUCUUGUUCUAAAAUGGAUUAAAUUAAUUUGUUUCCUCAUCAAUCUACACACAAUACCCCAUAAUGCCAAAGCGAAAACAGGUUUUAGAAAGUUAUUUACAUAAGUAUUCAGAGCCUUUGCUAUGAGACUCGAAAUUGAGCUCAGAUGCAUCCUAUUUCCAUUGAUCAUCCUUGAGAUGUUUCUACAACUUGAUUGGAGUCCACCUGUGGUAAAUUCAAUUGAUUGGACAUGAUUUGGAAAGGCACACAGAUGUCUAUAUAAGGUCCCACAGUUGACAGUGCAUGUCAGAGCAAAAACAAAGCCAUGAAGUUCAAGGAAUUGUCCAUAGAGCUCCGAGACAGGAUUGUGUCGAGACACAGAUCUGGGGAAGGGUACCAAAACAUUUCUGCAGCAUUGAAGGUCCCCAAGAGCACAAUGGCCUCCAUCAUUCUUAAAUGGAAGAAGUUUGGAACCACCAAGACUCUUACUAGAGCUGGCCGCCCGGCCAAACUGAGCAAUCGGGGGAGAAGGGCCUUGGUCAGGAAGGUGACCAAGAACCCGAUGGUCACUCUGACAGAGCUCCAGAGUUCCUCUGUGGAGAUGGGAAAACCUUCCAGAAGGACAAGCAUCUCUGCAGCAUUCCACCAAUCAGGCCUUUAUUGUAGAGUGGCCAGAUGGAGGCCACUCCUCAGUAAAAGGCACAUGACAGUCCGCUUGGAGUUUGCCAAAAGGCACCCAAAGGACUCUCAGACCAUGAGAAACAAGAUUCUCUGGUCUGAUGAAACCAAGAUUCAACUAUUUGGCCUGAAUGCCAAGCGUAACGUCUGGAGGAAACCUGGCACCAUCCCUAUGGUGAAGCAUGGUGGUGGCAGCAUCAUGCUGUGGGGAUGUUUUUCAGCAGCAGGGACUGGGAGACUAGUCAGGAUCGAGGGAAAGAUGAACGGCGCAACAUACAGAGAGAUCCUUGAUGAAAACCUGCUCAAGAGCGCUCAGGACCUCAGACUGGGGUGAAGGUUCACCUUCCAACAGGACAACGACCCUAAGCACACAGCCAAGACAACGCAGGAGUGGCUUUGGGACAAGUCUCUGAAUGUCCUUGAGUGGCCCAGCCAGACCCCGGACUUCUCUGGAGAGACCUGAAAAUAGCUGUGCAGCGACGCUCCCCAUCCAACCUGACAGAGCUUGAGAGGAUCUGCAGAGAAGAAUGGGAGAAACUCCCCACAUACAGGUGUGCCAAACUUGUAGCAUCAUACCCAAGAAGACUUGAGGCUGUAAUCACUGCCAAAGGUGCUUCAACAAAGUACUGAGAAAAGGGUCUGAAUACUUAUGUAAAUGUGAUAUUUCAGUUGUUGUUUUUUUAUACAUUUGCAAAAAUGUAUAAAAAUCUGUUUUUGCUUUGCCAUUAUGGGGUAUUGUGUCUAGAUUGAUUAGGGUUUAAAAAAAACAAUUGAAUCCAUUUAAGGCUGUAACGUUAAAAAAUUUGGAAAACGUCAAGGGAUCUGAAUACUUUCCGAAUGCACUGUAUGUUUCUGUAUGAUCCACCAUGCUGCUUUGUUGAAAAUAUGAUCGGCCCGGCCACCACCAGGACCCCUGGGCUCCGUAGCCCACCCAUAUCAACACACACAUGGCCUCUCGGGUUAAUGGAAGCUACACCUCAGUCAAGAUCAGUAGGCUAAAUGGUCACAUGCAUGGCACAGCAAGCGGGGUGAUACUCAGGUCAAGCUGUUAAAGGCAUUGAUCGUCUUGGGUGACCUAUUUUCUACUGUCUGUCUGUCUGAGGGCCAUACAGAGUCCAAGAAACAUAUUUGAGAUGGUACUAGACCACCGCUCGACCACAGGCAUUUUUUGGAUCCUGAGUGCACAUAGCGCUCAGGCAAAAGUUGAUUGAAAAACUAUUUUGGCCCGACAAGUUGACUACAGCAGAAACAGACUGGACUGGUACAGGAUAUGCAUGCCAAAGUAAACUUGUUGAUUAUGUUGAUGGUGAUGAUGACCCUUAUUUAUAGUGUAUACAGGGGAUAUGUAUAAUGUUUAAACAUGUAUUCAACAAAACAUAACACAACAACACUGCAAUGUUCACAUGGGUUUGGUUACCCAUGCACAGUGUUUCUCCUCUAACCUGUCUCUCUCCCUUCUCCUUAGAUGUUUGGCUGUGGUGCGGUGGCCCAGCUGGUGCUGAGUGGUGGCUCCCAUGGAAUGUUCCUCACCGUCAACUUUGCCUUUGGCUUCGCUGCCACACUGGGCAUCCUGGUCAGCGGACAGAUCUCAGGUGAGGGGGGUGCAUUAUUACUCUUACUUCCUCUGAAAUCAAGGUCAGGACAAGAAGGUUUCAUUACUCCAGACAUUACUGUCUGACAGUAGCGAGUCUAUUGGGAGUAUCAGUUGCCUGUUGUGACAGACACAUUCUACCUAAGGUAAACUGACACUAAUCUAAAGUGCAAUAUUUACCCUUGCAGAUGUGUUUUCUUUGAGGUAAGACAGUCAGAGACAAGGAAAGAGAGAGAGAGAGAGAGAAAGAGAGAGAGAGAGAGAGAGAGAGGGGGGGGGUGAGAGAGAAAGGGUGAGAGAGCGAGAGAGAGAGCAGUAAGCAAACAGUAGACAUCAGAGAAGCUCACAGAGACAAGAAGAAUGAUGCUGGCUUGCCCCUUGAAUUUUAAAGCCAUUGGGUCCAUGAUUGAAAGGAAAGUGUGAAAUCGCAAAAUGCGUUAUUACUUGAUUCACUAUACAAGGAUUCAUCUUUCAAAGCAAAGGCACAGAGAUUUCCGCAGUUCACUUGUGCCCACAUUUUCAAUGCCUCUAUAAUAAGGCUGUUGCCCUCUAAUACACAUGGCAGCCUUAAAAAUAAAAUGAAUCUCUCCAAUUUACUGUGUCACUGAGACAUCCCGUCCUAAGAGGCAUUCUACCUACUAUUACGGCAGAUAGUCUCAGGUCCCUUUUUUCCCUCCAAGAAAAGAUUUGAAGAGAAUCAUCUUUGGUCUUGAUAGGGUCUGGUUGUUUUCUCUCUCACUCAGAGACUUGAUUUUAAGAGAGAUGGUCUUGGGUGUUUUCUACACAGAGAAAAUGGAAUAGAAUAGAAUGAAAUUGAGAAAUGGCCAUUCACCAUUUUCCAAAUUGUUCUUUGUCACAGGAGGCCACCUGAACCCAACGGUGACCUUCGCCCUCUGUCUAUUGGGGAGAGAACCUUGGAGGAAAUUCCCUGUGUUUUUCUUGUUCCAGACUAUAGGGGCCUUCCUGGGAGCUGGGAUCAUAUUUGGCAUGUAUUUUGGUUAGUGGGAUUCAGAUAAUUUAUAUUAUCAGAAAUGUCCAAACAGCAGCAGCAACAACAACAACAACAACAACAACAAGUUUUUCCAGUGGCCAUAUUCCACCGAAAACAUUCUCAAGACUGUCAAAGUUUAGACAGACUGAAAAUAACUGUUAUUUUCUCCCAAAGGGAGUUUCAAGGUUCUACAGCUACUGUAGAUGAUACCACACACAUUGUGAUCUCUUACAUGUUGCCAUGGUUUCUCCAGAUGCAUUGUGGGACUAUGGCCAUGGAACACUGAUCGUUGUGGGUGAGAAUGCCACUGCUGGGAUCUUUGCCACAUAUCCCUCCAAACAUCUCACUCUGGUUAAUGGAUUCUUUGACCAGGUACAUUCACACUAUUAGUAUACUAUAGUAUAUUAGUAUUCCGUAUUAGGACAGCCUCAGAAUCACAAGUAGUUAUAUGGAAUAUUAUCCUGUAUGGAAACCGUAGUACAUGACAACAUGCCUGCAACAACCAUGUAAAACUGAGCCUGGCUGUGUUACAGAUGAUAGGCACAGCAGCUCUGAUCGUGUGUAUCCUGGCCAUCGUGGACCCCUACAAUAACCCCAUCCCCCGGAGCCUGGAGGCCUUCACGGUGGGGUUCGUGGUGCUGGUCAUAGGCCUGUCAAUGGGCUUCAACUCGGGCUACGCUGUCAACCCUGCCAGGGACCUGGGCCCACGCAUCUUUACUGCCCUAGCUGGCUGGGGUGGUGAGGUAUUCACGUGAGUCUCUUUUGGAUUCUUCUCCCGUUUUAAUUUUUCUGUAUUUUUUUCAAUUUUCUUUCUUUCUUUCUAAUAAUGCCUUAAUGCAUGUGUUAUGAGACAUUCUAUCUAACCACACGUCAUUAAAGAUAAUAGCUCUGCUUUCACUAUUUAAUCUCCAUAGACAUACAACCUUGUCUCUGUCUUGGUCUCCCACAGGGCUAAUGCCUACUGGUUCUUUGUGCCCAUCUUUGCCCCCUUCAUUGGUGCGGUGGUGGGGGUGAUUGUGUACCAGCUGAUGGUGGGGUACCAUGUGGAGGGAGAAGCACGGGAGAAGAAGCAACAGGAGGCGAAGGAGGAGCAAGAGGAAAGGCUCAAA